CCCGGAACCCUCAGGGCCGGCCCGGGGGAGGAGCACAGGGAGGAGAGGAGGGCUCUGGGAUGGCGGUUCCCACAGCGCUGCGAAGGAGCGUGGUGUCCCCCGCGGGCAGGCACACCGCCUCCCUCAUCUUUCUGCACGGCUCAGGUGAUACUGGCCAAGGAGCAAGAGGAUGGAUAAAACAAAUUUUGAAUCAAGACAUGGCUUUUCAACAUAUAAAAGUAAUUUACCCAACAGCUCCUGCCAGGCCAUAUACACCCAUGAAGGGAGCCUUUUCCACUGUGUGGUUUGACAGGUAUAAGAUUUCUAAUGACUGUCCUGAACACAUUGAAAGUAUUGAUUCCAUGUGCCAGCAGCUUACAGACUUGAUCAAUGAUGAGAUUAAGAAUGGCAUUGCAAAGAAUAGGAUACUAAUAGGAGGCUUUUCGAUGGGAGGUGGAAUGGCAAUGCAUGUAGCAUAUAGGUUUCAUCAGGAUCUGGCAGGAGUCUUUGCACUGUCUAGUUUUCUCAAUAAAGACUCUGCUGUUUACCAGGCUUUGAAAAGAAAUGAAAGUGUUCUUCCAGAGUUAUUUCAGUGUCAUGGAACUGCUGAUGAACUAGUUCUCUACUCAUGGGGUGAAGAGACCAACAAGAUGUUAAAGUCACUGGGAGUAUCAGCAUCACUUCAUACUUUUCCAGAUCUCAAUCAUGAGUUAAACAGAACUGAAAUAGAAAAACUAAAAUCCUGGAUUGAAAAGAAAUUACCUGUCGAAGCAGCAAAGGCAAACUAAUAAAAGAAGAUCCAGCCUCAUGUACUUCUUGAUUUUUGUGGGUGUAAGAUCAUGUGUGGUGGGUAUAUGAGUGUCCCAUAUCCAUUAUAUAAGCACAACUUCAGGUAGACACUCUUAUCAUUCUUAAAGUUCACCUAAGUGUUAAAAUGAUGGUGCUGACUAUUAAAUCUCAUUUUAUUGUAUGGGUU